AUGGACCGUCGUUUUCGAAUGCCUCCAUUCUCACCCAUUGGAUUUCAUAGCCGCUUUUUUGACGACUUUCCCGAUUUUGAUCGACCUCUUCAUCGACCAUACUGGAUGGAUCAAACCAUGCUAACCGGCCAUCGGAUUGGAGAAGGCGUCGACAUUGUCGACAACGAUAGAGAAUACUCUGUGUCCGUAGACGUGUCGCAGUUUGAGCCUGAGGAAUUAUCCGUGAAUAUUGUUGACAAUGUUCUCAAGAUCGAAGGAAAACAUGAGGAAAAGACCGAUAAAUUUGGAAAGGUUGAGCGACAUUUUCUGCGCAAGUACGAUUUGCCGAGCACAGUGAAAGCCGACGACGUGAAAAGUGAACUGAGCAAGGACGGAAUUCUGACUGUGAGAUACUACCGUCAACCCGAGCUUCAACCAAAAGUGAUCCCGAUCUCCAUCCAGCCCAAGCACUGA